AUGGGUUUUGAACAUGAUUUGCUAACUGCGGAUUCAUCUAAUUCCCAGCCGGCCCACAAGACAGCUUCACCUGGCUUAGUUUCUUCCACAGUCGGUGCUCCGGUUGCUUCUAUCAUCAAGGAGAAUUCUAGUGCUACUCUUCCUUCCCAAUCAUUGGUUCCGAGCAAAUCUAUCUCUACUAACAUUCAUAGAGUGAAGGCAGCUCGAACUGUGAUCGUGGGAUCCUCUAAAGUAAAGCGUCGUCUUGAUUCGAGGCUUAAAAACGUAAAAAAACAACAGAGUUCCAAUGGUAUACUCUCUGUGCCAAAAAACACUCUUGGUGGACGCUCACUGACAAAACACUUGAAUAAAAAGAUUGUUCCCAAAGUAAAAUCUACUGCUACAGCCUCUGCAAAUAGUGCACUGACCUCUGAUUCAGUUCAAACUACAAUAUUGAAAUCGUUAAAAAGAAAGUAUCCUAAUUCGAAGAUUCGGACCACCAAAAUACAACAGGAUUCCAGUGGUCAACUCUCUCUUUCGAAAGCCAACACUGGAGCACCUAUUCGAGUUCACAAGCAGAUUAUAAAAUAG